CGGGGCGCCUGGAAACCGGUCCGAGGGCGCGCGAGGGAGAGGAGAGCUAGUGAGUUGAGGGAUAGACACAAAUGGUCAGGCGGCGGAGAAGGAGGCGGAGGCGUAGGGGGGAGCGGAGGCCGCCGGGUUGCCGAGAGUUGCGCGCUCUAUCGCGCCGCGGCCACUAGCGCGGCGCCGCCAGCCGGGAGCCAGCAAGCCCAGGGCCAGGAAGGCGGGACGCGACCCCGGCGCGCCCGAGCCACCCGGGCUCUCCCCGCCGCCCGCGCUUCAUGAAUCGCAAGUUUCCGCGGCAGCGGCGGCUGCAGGACGCGGAGCGGGAGCCGGAGGAGCGGGUAGAGCGCGGCACAGGCUCGACGGAGGGAACCGGCGCGGAGGAGAUAUCCCCGGACGCAGGGGGAGCCGCCGCCCGCCGCGCCACCUCCAGCCCCAGCCGAGCGGUGCAAAGAAAGGAGCCGAGAAAGUAUGGCUGAGGAGGAGGCGCCUAAAAAGUCCCGGGCCGCCGCCGCUGCUGGCGGGUGCUGGGAACUUUGUGCCGGGUCUCUCCUGGCUGGGCUGGCGGCAGAGGGGAGUUGGGACACUGGCCACCGCCGCCGCUGCCCCCCAGCUGACUCCCGGCGCUUUGCGCGCUGGCUACUGCUGCUGCUUUGGCUACUGGAGGCUCCUCUGCUGCUUGGGGUCCGGGCUCAGGCAGCCGGCCAGGGGCCCGGGCCGGGUCAGCAGCCCCCGCCGCCGCCGCCUCAGCAGCAACAGAGCGGGCAGCAGUACAACGGGGAGCGGGGCAUCUCCAUCCCGGACCACGGCUAUUGCCAGCCCAUCUCCAUCCCGCUGUGCACGGACAUCGCGUACAACCAGACCAUUAUGCCCAACCUGCUGGGCCACACAAACCAGGAGGAUGCGGGCCUUGAGGUGCACCAGUUCUACCCGCUGGUGAAGGUGCAGUGCUCAGCCGAACUCAAGUUCUUCUUGUGCUCCAUGUACGCGCCAGUGUGCACCGUGCUGGAGCAGGCUCUGCCGCCCUGCCGCUCCCUCUGCGAGCGCGCGCGCCAGGGCUGCGAGGCGCUCAUGAACAAGUUUGGCUUUCAGUGGCCCGACACGCUCAAGUGCGAGAAGUUCCCGGUGCACGGCGCCGGCGAGCUGUGCGUGGGCCAGAACACCUCGGACAAGGGCACUCCGACACCCUCCCUGCUGCCGGAGUUCUGGACCAGCAACCCCCAGCACGGCGGCGGGGGACACCGCGGAGGCGGCUUCCCGGGGGGCGCUGGAGCAUCGGAGAGAGGCAAAUUCUCCUGCCCGCGCGCCCUCAAGGUGCCUUCCUACCUCAAUUACCACUUCCUGGGGGAGAAGGACUGCGGCGCGCCCUGUGAGCCGACCAAGGUAUACGGGCUCAUGUACUUUGGGCCCGAAGAGCUGCGCUUCUCGCGCACCUGGAUCGGCAUCUGGUCAGUGCUGUGCUGCGCCUCCACGCUCUUCACCGUGCUCACGUACUUGGUGGACAUGCGGCGCUUCAGCUAUCCGGAGCGGCCCAUCAUCUUUUUGUCGGGCUGUUACACGGCCGUGGCCGUGGCCUACAUCGCCGGCUUCCUGCUGGAGGACCGGGUGGUGUGUAACGACAAGUUCUCCGAGGAUGGGGCGCGCACAGUGGCGCAGGGCACCAAGAAAGAAGGCUGCACCAUCCUCUUCAUGAUGCUUUACUUCUUCAGCAUGGCCAGCUCCAUCUGGUGGGUGAUCCUGUCGCUUACCUGGUUCCUGGCGGCCGGCAUGAAGUGGGGCCACGAAGCCAUCGAGGCUAACUCGCAGUAUUUUCACUUGGCUGCCUGGGCUGUGCCGGCAAUAAAGACCAUCACCAUUCUGGCGCUGGGCCAGGUGGAUGGCGACGUGCUCAGCGGGGUGUGCUUCGUGGGGCUUAACAACGUGGACGCGCUGCGUGGCUUCGUCCUGGCGCCUCUCUUCGUGUACCUGUUCAUCGGUACGUCCUUUCUGCUGGCCGGCUUCGUGUCACUCUUUCGCAUUCGCACCAUCAUGAAGCAUGAUGGCACCAAGACCGAGAAGCUGGAGAAGCUCAUGGUGCGCAUCGGCGUCUUCAGCGUGCUUUACACCGUGCCAGCCACCAUAGUCAUUGCCUGCUACUUCUACGAGCAGGCCUUCCGGGACCAGUGGGAGCGCAGCUGGGUGGCCCAGAGCUGCAAGACCUACGCCAUCCCCUGUCCCCACCUCCAGGCCGGUGGAGGGGCUCCACCACACCCGCCCAUGAGCCCCGACUUCACAGUCUUCAUGAUCAAGUAUCUUAUGACGCUGAUCGUGGGCAUCACGUCCGGCUUCUGGAUCUGGUCCGGCAAGACCCUUAACUCCUGGAGGAAGUUCUACACCAGACUCACCAACAGCAAACAGGGGGAGACCACCGUCUGAGACCUGGGGGGCUUGCUCAGCCCAUUCCCAGCCCUCAGCCCGUCCCCAGCUACCCGAAAACCUUCCCCCAUGGAAUGCUGACCAAGCCUGGCUACUACAGGCUUCCUCACUAGACACUUUCGCAGGCUUCUUUUAACAGCGUAACUCCUGCAAAAGCUUCCGUCCCUGGGGGCAAACGGACUUGAGGGCCCAAUUUCUUGAGGGGGGGAUGGACCGACCUCUCUCGCUGGUACCAGCACUGUAUGCUUUUAUGAUUGUAAAUAGCCUGUGUAAGAUUUUUGUAAGUAUAUUUGUAUUUAAAUGACUGAUCUUGCGUUUUCUUUUCCUUUCCUUUUUUUUUCUUGAUUUAACUUGAAUUAUUUAGGGCGGUCUAACCAUUUGAGGCUUUCCCUUCUUUCUCUUUGUGGAGUACUGCCGAGACCCGCGGAGCGCACCCGCUGGGUGCUCCCGGGCCCCCGCUGGGUGCUCCCAGCGCCCCUCCCUGCAGCGCUGGGGUGGUACGUCUGGGACUGCGCUGUUCGGGUCACUUCCCACCUCCUCUUUCUGCUCCCUCCCUUCCCCUUCUUGCUAGAGUUUGGAGAUCUUAAGGUCCUGACCGUUCAAGCUUUCGAGUCUGCCUUUGUUCGGGGCCCAGAUUUGUCCCUUUGACUUGCCGAAGCUGAUUUUUUCACUGUCGAGAACCUUACCCCUAGCUUCUAGGAGGCUGGUGGUUUGCGGUCACCGAAAGUCCCAGACUCCCGCCCUCCGCGCUGGCCUCCAAAGCCCAGACACUCCCUCCUUCCACCUAAGUCGGUUAGAGGGUGAGUGGGAUAAGCAAUGCCAAACUUUUUAAAGUCUGAUUUUUGGUGGAUGAGCUCAUUUCAUUCUCUAGCGUCUAAAACCUGGUAUGAGUUUGGCCAGCGUCAUGGAAAGAUGUAGUUACUGAGAUUUGGGAAGAGGCACGAAGCUUUGUGUGGGUUGGAAGAGACUGAAGAUGGGGGUUAUAAAAUGUUCAUUCUAAUUGUACACCGAUGCCUGGCAACUUGCCUUCAGGACUGAGUCCGCGUUUAGAUUUUAGCGUUCUGUAAAAUGGAAACGUUAAGGUCACCUACAAAGCUUUGUCAAGGAGUUGAUCUUUGCCCUCCUUUACAGAACAGCAAAACGUAAACUAAAUAUGAAAACUUGAAGGAGAUUUCAGUGUAAAUGGGCUUCCUCAAAAUGCAGUGGUACUUUACGAUUUUUUAGUGAAAUAAUAAUUAGACAUAUAUCAGAAACUUUAAAAUGUAAAAGUUGUAUUUUCAACGUAUUACGAUUCUUACUCGGCAACAUCUUCUGAGGGAGGACUAAUCCACAUCAUUAGUAACAACCUGGUAAAGGAGGUGGAAUAAUGGAUGGGAUUAGCUCCUGAAAUAAACAAAAUAUGGGCAUACAUGCUCAAAUGUCAGCAGGUCUGCUGCAUCAAACCCUGUGCACUCCUUUUUUGGAUAUACAGAAAUGUAUCCAAUGUAAAUCUUUCAAAGCCAUUUUAAAAUCUUCACUUUAGCUCUCUGUGAAAAAGACAAGAAAAGCAAUCCUCCUGGUUGUAUUGUAAACUUUAAGAGUUUAUCAAAAUGCCGGUACCUAGGACCUAAAUUUAUCUAUGUCUGUCAUACCCUAAAAUGACAAUGGUCUUUGAAUUUGGUAUGCAUUUAUUCUGUUCACUAUCACAAAAUCAUUUAUAUUUAUAGAGGAAUAGAAGUUUAUAUAUAUAUAUAAUACCAUAUUUUUAAUUUCGCAAAUAAAAAAAUCAAAGUUUUGUACAAAAUUAUAUGGUUUUUGUGCCUGAAAAUAAUAGAGUUGAAACUGUCCAAAGUAUGAACUAUCUUUAUAUUUUAUAGUGUCUAGUGGCCAGUCUCACCAUAUAUAAAUUCAGGAAUUCAAUGAAAAAGCCUGUCUUUAAACCUCCAUGCCAUCUUUCUGAGCAGUUAUCCUAUUUGCAUUGUGAUUGACAUUGUGAACUCCCUAGGAAAGAUAUGCAUUCAUGAUAGUAACUAUAAAAUAGAAGUUUGAAAAUUAUUUCUUUACUCAAAGAAGAGUAUUAAAGAGAAAACUCUAAUUUUAAUACUAAAGCUUUUUUUCUUUCAACGGGGAAAUUUACAUGACUUUUUAUAAUAUGGAGGUUUAUUUUUAAAUCAUCAGCCAUCCUCUUUAUCACAAUUUUUAUGAAGUAUUAUCUUAUAUUUUCCAUAAUCUUGGAUAUUCUAAAACCAUACAUAGGUAUUCAGUAAAUGGUUAACUGACUGUGUUUAUAAGCAUUUUAAACAGCACUUGGGUAUAUAAGACUGUUUUGUUGUUUGCUUCUGAGGACUCCAUUUUUAUAUUGUUCAAGGAACCUUCUCCAGAGGCAAUAUCUAGUUGAUCUACUCUCAGUCAGAAUUUAUGUAUAUAAAUACAUAUAAAUAUAUAAUAUGUGUAUACACAAAUACGUAUAUACAUAUAUGUACACAUUAAUUUUUAAAAAAAUAGAGAUGCAAAGUUUACUUAUACACUUUAAAAUAUGGAAAUAAGGUUAUAAGAAGUGGAAAAUACCAGAUAGAAAACCUCAAAUACCUUUGAAAAACAAGUCUCUUAUUUCUUUACAGUCUAAAAAUAUCUUGAUUACAUUUUCCAUGAAAACACUUCGUGGUAAAAUGACAAGGGGCUAAAAUGACCAUUGAUACAAUAGAGUUACUUUCAUGGUUAUAAGGUAAUAGUCUAUAAGUCAUUGUUAUUUAUUUUAAGGCAUAUUCAAAACGUAAAUCUAAUUGAAAACAUAGCAUUCAGUUUUAAGUGCCAAGAUGCAGUUUCAUGUUUUGUUCUUUGUUACAUUAAUCUACUAUAGUAGAUAGAUGAGAAGGUUUUAUCACAUAGACACACAAAAAAUAGCAAUUCUUACAACAAAUUAAAACAUGUCUCCUCACAAGAUAAUUCAAUCAGAUAAUAUCUGGGGGGAAAAUUUAAGAUUAUUAUUCUCUAUCCAAGGAAUAAAUAUAAAGCAUUCUUAUUGUAUGUGUCCUUAAUGUUAUGUAACUAUAAAUUUGAUGCAGAAAAAUUUGAUAAUGCUGGAAUUAAAUACCUUUAAAAGAUAUUUAAGUCGACACCAGGCUUUGUGUUUAGGAAACAACUAAUUUAAAGUUAUGUAGAAUAUAGAAAGCCAGUGUAUUAAUUUGUUUCUUUAAAUACUGGUGGCAAAAUAAGACUUUCCUGGAAAAUUGUAAAGCUGCUGGGAAUAUGGUUCCAUUAACAUGCUGUUUCCAUGAUAAACCUAUUUUCAGAUGA